UUGAGAAGAAACCAUCCAAAUCAACACUCAAAAUCAGAAAAGUGAAUGACUUUUAAGAGCCAAUAUCUAAACUAAACAAAUAUACAAAUAAACACAAGGUGGCAGCAGAGACCAUAUUCAGUACAAGAGGGCCACAGAUGACAUUCGUAGGUUUGCAGGUCUGUACAGCUUGUAUCAAUGCAAGAUUUGUAGUAUCUAUUCAAAACAAUAUUUUAGAACAUGCAAAUUCAAAUAAUUUGAAUUCAGUUCUACACAAAAGCAAAACUUGAGAAAACAUUGGUUGAUUAUAGUAUGUUGUUAAGUAGCUUAUGUUCAUUAUGUUGUGAAGGAAAAAAAAAAAAAUAGCCCAUCAAGACAGAUAACAUCUAACACAAGACGUUAGGCCAAACAACAACUUCUAGAAACUGAGCUGACAUUAACAGAUAACAUAAUCUCUAUUGCAUUAUUACAUCAUGUUGACAAUGUAUGUGUACACAGUAAUUAUUUGACAUUGAAUCAUUAAUUCUGUAAUUAUCACAUCUAUUAAAUAAAAACAUGUCACUGUAAAAAAAAAAAAAAAAAAAAAAAACACAUGGAGAGAGAGAGUACAACCAUUAAGUUAAUGAGGCCAAGACCAAAGAAACUUUUUGUAAAGGCUGUUUCACGAGUUUGUGUGCCCAUAUAAUCUUAGCGUAAGUGGUAAACAGAUUUGGCUUGCUGUCUGCUAUAGAGGGGCUCGGAGAGGAUAUUCUACUCGAGCUCCGAUUGCACCCCUAUAACAGGCAAAAUUGUAAAAAAAAGGAGGAGAAGGGGAGGAGGAGGGAUGCCGAAAGAACUAACAACAGGAAGAGGUAAGAUGCUGGUUUUAUACCUUGGUAUAAAUUGGAAGAUUAGAUGGGCGUACUCCUCCCGAAAUUACGUUUAUUAACUUCACUUAGUUUAUGGAAAUUAUGUCACUGGCGUGUGUAAACUCACACAACCACCGAAUGAAUGAAAAUUAAUGGCCUUAGAGACUAAUAUACCUUAACCUUAAUUACCUUAUACCUUAAUAUACCUGUUUGUUUGUAUUUUAGCAUACUGCAAGAAUCUAAUCUGUGGUUUCAACUGUGGUGUCUGUAAAACUGUGUCAGGUCCAGGAAAUGGGUAAUAGUGCUAACAGAACAGAAUCAUGUGACAGCGCAAUACUUCAAGGUAUUUGUUAUACAACAUUAUAGCCUAACUGUGGUUGAGCUUCUCUGACAGCCUGUAGAAGAAAAUGGAUAAAACACUUUGUGUGAUGGCUUUACUUUUAAUGGAAAUGUUGGUGAAGGGACUAUAUGGAGACAUCAUACAUCUGGAUUCAGUUUUAUCAGUUCAUGAAGGAGAUACAGUGAUAUUGUCCUGCUUCAUUCCAACAAAACAAAUAAGUGUGGCUUUAUGGUACAAGCAGGUCACUGGAGAAGAACCACGUCUCAUUGCUUCCUCCCUUCUCCAAUCAUCAGAAAGCCAAUUUCACAAUGAAUUUGACAGAAAUCAUUUUGAAGUGUUAAGAGAGACUGACUCUUUUAAUCUGAAGGUUCUGAACACUGUACAAUCAGAUUCAGGCACAUACUAUUGCGCUUUCUCUUUCUCUAAUAUUAUUGAAUUUGGAAAUGGCACUCAUCUGGUUAUUAAAGGAGCAGAAACCAGCAAACCCACUCAUCUACAGCUGCCCAAGUUUGAACUAGUUGAGUCGGAGGUAAAUGUGCCUCUACAGUGUUCAAAACAAAAUCAGUUAGUGAGUGGUGAAGGUGAACACCGUCUCUACUGGUUCAGACAUCGAUCAGGAGAAUCUCCUUCAGGAUCCAUUUAUAUUCAUGGAAACACCAGUGAUUCAUGUGUGAAGAGCUCUGAAGCUGACUGUCUUUCACCGACCUGUGUGUACAACCUCCCAAAGAAAACUUUCACUUCCUCAGAAAAGGGAACUUAUUUCUGUGCACUGGCCACAUGUGGGGAGGCUUUAUUUGGAAACGUUUCUAAUCUGAAUCCUGACAACUUCAAGAGCCAGAACACACGCUUAAUCUUUGUAAUUGGCCUUACGGUGCUGCUGACAUCAAACAUUACGAUCAAUAUUCUGCUGCGCUGCAUCAGGAGAAAAGAGUCAACAGAACGAAAAUAUCAACAAAUCCAGACUACUGAUGAUGAUGUGUCAAUAAUUCAGUAUAAGGAAGUGAACUUUUAGCCACCACCCAUCACCACCAAACAGAAGAGACGAAGAGCAAAGAAAAACACCAGACAUACAAUAUUCGUCAAUAACCAUGAUUGUAUUUGAACAAUUCUGAAAAUGAUUUUUUGAUCAGUAAAUGCUGUUUACAGUAAGUAGUUAUUAAUGGGCUGAUAUGCUGUACUGAAAAUAUCUUCCCUAAUAUCUUAUUGUAAUGAUUACAUGCUGUAUACAUUUUUUUAUUUGCUUUGCUCAACUGCGUAAUCAACAUUAACAGCCACGAAAAUGUAAAACAUAUAACAUUCUAUGCAUUCUGUUUGUGCCACCACUGUACAAUUACUUUUUGUUCUUAUAUAUUUAUUUUACAGAUAUAUAAUGGCAUAAAUAAAGUAGUUUACAUGUGUUUUGUUGUGUUA